AUGUCGUCUUCGUCGCAGGCCCCCCAAGCGGUCCCUGUCAGUCAGCUGGGCCUUUCGGCCGACGAGGUUGCGGUCCUUCAGCACGCGCAGAGGGAAGCAGCUGCGGGCGGAUCAAGCUCUUCACGCGCAGCCAGCCGUGCUUCCUCCCAGGGCCUUCUGAUCCUAGACAGCAGCUCUCUUGCGCAGCUGGGACGGCACUUCGACCGCCUCAUGCAGCAGAUCUCCCAGCAACUAGACCACCUGACCGAGCAGUCUCAGAUCGUCACCAUGGCCGUGUAUGACGAGGCCGGCAACCUGAUGGACAAUUGCGACGUCGAAAUCCGGAGGUUCCAUUCAAUCAUGGCUCAAAUCGACGACCUCGAGGUUGAAUUCGACCGCAUCCGCCACAUUCGAGACAUUGUUCGAGGCUACCGGCAGAGGGUACAGGAGAUGGAGCGAGCUUUGGAAAGCUCCCAGCCAAGCUCCCACAGGAGGGAGAGACAUUGA